AUGCGGGCUUUUCAGUGUGUUAAAGUGUCACUUUUUCUUUAUUUCAGUUUGGAUGUGAUUGCUAGUCCUACACUUGGAACGACACAGACCCUAAGCGCCAGAAACUCGGCUUCAACUGCGUGCGGCGAUAUCGUCAAUAACGAAGAUACCGUAUUAUUCAAUGCAACUUUGGCGUUUGAAUGCCUCACCAGUGUGCCAUUCAAUCCUGCUGUCGCUUCUCGUUUUAUCACAUACUAUAAUGAUACCCUUCAGUUUCAGAGCACAUUGAAAUAUCUCAAAAAUCCACCUCCCAGCUAUCAACAACCAGCUGUGGAUCUCAUAGCAGGCCUGAAUCGAAUUCAAAGCGCGAUCGAUGAAGGAAUAUUUUCAAAUCAAUACGAAUUUGAGGCUGCUUUACAGACUCUUGUAUACGCCGCACACGAUGGGCAUGUCGACAUACUAGCGGGAGCUUUGUCUGCGUUUAGUUUUGCAAGUCCAAGGGAUUUAGUAUCACUGUCAUUAGAUGGCCAACAAAUUCCAAAGGUCUAUCUAGCCGACGAUCUUUUUGACAGCGACUAUUUUACAACUUUCCAGCCCUCAGCUAUCAAAUCAAUCAAUGGCAGAGAUGCAACUACGUAUCUUUUGGAUUUUGCAUCCGUAAAUUCAGUUGGUACUCUUGAAGAUCAUUCAGAUUGGAAUCAAUUGAUGCUUAGUGCAGCUCAAGAUAUCCAAGGGUAUUUCAAUUCAUUCAGUGGGGGGGCGACAUUUUAUCCCGGAGAUAAUAUUACUUUCCUUUUGGAGAAUGGGACGUCUUGGACUGAGAAUUAUCUUGCUAUCUACGAUACGCCUGGUCCCACCGGUCCUCUUCAAACUGGAGGAGACUUUUAUAAUUUUUUUGUUUUGGGGUUCUAUCCUGCCUCAUAUGAUCCCAAUACCGAUGAUUCGGAUGACGAUUCAGAAGAUAGUUCUAGUGAUGAUUCAUAUACUGCAGUCACUUCGACGACAUCCGCUACUCCAACUCCAACUCCAACCGGGUGGGAUAGUCCAGCUUACCCAGAGAUUCCUGAUGUUGCCCAAGAAGACCUUGGAACCUACGGGGAUGGAGUUGUUUCCGGAUAUUUUCUCAAUAAUACUUCUGUUUCUGUUUUAAGUAUUCCAAGCUUUGAUGUCGAUGGGGAUGCUGUCUUUAGUUUCCAGCAAACGAUUUCUCAGUUCAUCAAUCAAACACAGGCAGCCGGCUUAGAGAAGGUUGUUAUUGAUCUGCAACAAAAUUAUGGUGGACAAUCUUUACUUGCAAUCGAUACAUUCAAACAAUUCUUCCCGAAUAUCGAUCCUUUUGCUGGUUCCCGUAUGCGAGCCCAUGCUUCUGCCGAUGUACUUGGCAAGACUUUGACUCCAUACUGGGAUGAUCUGGCCGAGAACGAUGAGACAAAGUAUGUCUUAGCGGCUGACGAAUGGGUCAUCACUAAUCGGAUCAAUGCGGAUACGAAUCGGAAUUUCACAAACUGGCAGGAGUUUUUUGGGCCUAAUCAAUACAACGAUGAUAAUUUCACCAACAUUGCACGAUACAAUCUGUCUAAUCCUAUUUUUGAUGCAUCUGGUGCUGGUCUAGAUGUCAGCGACGACGCUUUUGCAGUGUACGGUUAUAAUGCAAAUCCGGCACCAUCAGGAGCUAAGCCACCAUUUGCAGCAGAGGAUAUAAUCAUUCUAUCUGACGGUAUAUGUCACUCUUCUUGUGCUCUUUUGAUCGAGAUGUUUCGCCACGAAGCUGGAGUUCGCGUUGUUGUCGUAGGAGGUACACCAACAACAGGACCAAUGCAGGCUCCUGCUGGAUCUCGUGGCGCACGUGACUACGAUACUUUUACUCUUGACGCCAAUAUCGAUUUCACUCAAAAACUUUUGCAAAACCAAAGCUCAAUCGAUGCAACAUUUCUUCCGAAUAGAACUGAACAACUUAGCGUGUUUGUCUACUUUGCGGAUAUAAACCUCCGUGAUCAAGUACGUAAAGAUGAAGAGAUUCCAUUGCAAUUCGCCUACGAAGCCGCAGAUUGUCGGAUUUACUAUACACCACAAACCGUGUAUAAUUACACAAAUCUCUGGCAAUAUGCAGCCGACGCCAUUUGGAAGAACUCUAGCCUAUGCGUUCAGGAUUCAACUGGAUAUUCAUCAAUUUCACGAAAUUCAACGAAUUUUGUCGGCCCAGCAGGUGGUACUGAAAAGAUCUCUACCAAUAUUACCGAUUAUCUUGCUUCAUUAACGACCUCUCCCAUUGCAAAUCUUAUUCUCCAGGGUCUCAACGACGGUCUACCAGCCGUCAACGAAGGUGCCUCUCGCAAUGCUCCCGCAUCUGCCAAAGUCAUCAAAUGUACCACAGAUGACGACUGCUUGAAUGGUAAGCUCUGCGUGAAUAUUCCAUCUUGUUCUGGGGGUAAAGCUGUAUCUCAGUGCCUGAGAAAAUGUCCGGCAGCCGGUCGACUAUGCCCAAGUACCAAGACCAAAUGCACACCGCAUAGCACAGAUGGAAAACUGGGAAAUCAAGAUGUUCACAAGAACAUUUGUCCUCCAGCAGGAAGUGCAGCAAAGUGUGAGAGUCAAAGCCAGCUGAAAACGGUCAAUCUUAAUCAAUGUCCUGACUGUAGCAAAUAA